GAUCAUUAGUACGCCACGCCCGCUUAGUCCACAACAUCUCGCGUUCAAAUCGAACAGAUAACUUGUUUAUCGCAACUUAAAAACUAUUCUUAAGUGUGGCUCUAAUUACACAUUAAGAUAAGUCGGCGAUCAGUAGUGGCUAGGCCGUAGUGGGAGGUGGACGUCUGUACUGUGUAGAGGAUUGUGUGACAUGAAGUGCUUGUUGAUCGGCGUUGUUUUGUGCUUGGCGUCUCUGAGUGACCAGAGCGCCUUAAAAUGCGUACCCGGCACAAAAGGAGCUCCUUGUCCAGAAGUCACAGAACAACGGAUAGGAACUAAUACGGAGGAGGAGAAUUUACCAGAUGGUAAGAACUGCGCUACUGGCACGCAUUGGAAGAACCAGUGCAACGAUUGCUCGUGCAAUGACGGCAACCCAGCGUGCACAGACAAAGCCUGCCCUGGUCAGGAGAAUGAGCUGGACUCGAGGUGCGCUCCUGGCUCGGUUUGGAGGGACGACUGCAACACCUGUUGGUGCGUCGACGGCCAUGCGCAGUGCACUAGAAUAGGGUGCACUAGUAUGAUUAUAACUGAUUUCAACCCAGACCGGAACGAUGAAGGAAAAAACAAAACGGACUCAAACAAGGACAACAAAACUGACCAGAAAAUAUUUUUCCACGAUAGCGAUAACAAUUUAGAUGCUGUAAUUAAAAAAGAAGAGACAAGACAUAAUUUAGUGAAACGAGAUAACUACGAGUCGAUUUGUAAACCAAAAUCAUCGUUUAAAAUUGAUUGUAACUUCUGUAAUUGCGAUGAUGAAGGACUGAGCUACACUUGCACGGACAACGAAUGUGUGGAGGAAGACAGUAUAAAUAAAGAUGUUGAGGUUUUCAUGGAACCAGAGGGAGAUGUAGACCACGUGGAACGGCAUUCCGUCUGCAAAGCCUCCAGCACCUUCUACAUCACCUGUAACAGCUGUCGUUGUAAUAGAGACGGUACGGACUACACCUGCACCAACAAACCGUGCCCCUUGCCGAAGGAUGUUGAGUUGUUCCAUGAGCUACGGCCUUCAAGAGUAGGUGGUUCAGAGAACGAGACGAAAGUAAUCGUGUGCCCGGCCAAGCGUAUGUUCGUGAAGGACUGCAACACGUGCUGGUGCAACGAGGAGGGAACCAGCUAUGUGUGCACGAGGAAAGUCUGUGUCGACAACAUUGAUGAUGUUGUCCAGGGUGAGAAACAACAACCAGCGAAACUGAAAUGCAAGCCAGAUGAGGUGUUCCAGCUAGACUGCAACUCCUGCCGCUGCAACUCAGACGGCACCGCUUACUCCUGCACCCGGCGAGCCUGCCCGCUCAUCCCGGUCCUCGAGAAAGACACUCACAAAACCCACCGUUCAAGAAAAGUCCGUGCCGCCCAGCAGGAAACCACGAAGAACUGCCAGCCCGGUCAGGAAUUUCGUAUGGACUGCAACAAGUGUCUCUGCGACGACGAGGGGCAGAACUACUCGUGCACCCGCAAUGACUGCACCACCCCCAACAACAACAACGGAGGCACCAAGACUAAGAGAGAGAUAUCGCGCCCGAUGAAGGCAGAGUGCGUGCCGGGCAGCCAGUUCCGGCAGCGCUGCAACACCUGCCACUGCACCGCCGACGGCGCGCACGCCACCUGCACGGUCUAUCAGUGCAAGGACGACGUGGAGGUCAUCGAGCCUGAUUCCAAGGGCAGUUUCCGUUGCAACCCCGGUGAGCAGUUCAAGCGCGGCUGCAACGACUGCACCUGCUCCGCCGAUGGCAAGGACGUGUUCUGCACGCUGCGCCUCUGCGAGCAGGACAUCACGAACAUAUUCAUGAAUGUUAUUCUGAUAUUACUAGUUGCAUGCUUCGUGGAUGCCGCAUUGGGUGAGAUGGGUACAGCCGCAGAGCCUCGUCAGCUGUGUGUACAAUCAGCUAGAGUGGCUGGCUCUUGUCACACCUGUGUGUGUGAUGAGCAGAGCAUUUUCCGCUGCAAAGACACGUCUGAAUGUACCAAUAAGACUAUAGUGGCAGGAGAAAAGGAAUGUGAACCUGAAAUGACCUAUAACCACCAGAAUCUGUAUUGCACCUGCGACGAACAUGGUCGAUGGAGAUCUGUAAACUGCAAACAAACAUUCAAACAUAUGGCUUUACAAAAUGUUUCCAAAGAGAUGGGAAAGUUUGGUGGAAUAAUACUAACACAAGAAAACUUCAAGACGGAAAUAGAAGAAGGUGAUCCCUGUGUUUCAGGCGAAGUUUAUACUGUAGAUUGUAACGUUUGUCGUUGUGGGCCGCAUAAUAGUUUAUUGUGUACUAAGCAUACCUGUGUGGGAAGGUCUAGGAGUGAUCAAAAUAGUACUCUACGAAUCAAAGAAGGUGUACCCUGCGUACCGGGUAAAUUGUAUAAAAUAGAUUGUAAUACUUGUCGUUGUGCGGCUGAUGGUAAUUUAGUGUGUACUAAAAUGGCAUGUCUUUCGCUUGCUGAUUUUUCGAAAUUCAAGAACGCAUGGAAACGGAAAGGGAUAAAACAACUGUUAGGAAAAAUACAUAAGGCUAAUGAACAGAUAAAAAAUACAAAAAAUAACAAAUCUUUAAGAAAAGGCGAUACAGCAGGAAUAAUAAAAACAAAAUGCACACCAGGGAGUAUGUACAAGAAUCAAUGUGAGAAAUGUUUUUGUACGGCCGAAAAUAAAUUAAUAUGUAUUGAAGGAGAAUGUGACAAAAAUAAUUUUCUCAGAAGUCAUAUAAAAAAUGAAGAAAUAGAGCAAUUACAAAAGUAUAAAGCAGCACGUCGGCGAGUGCCUCACAUUGGUGCAGAAUGUGAGCCGGGGAAAUUGUAUAAGGUCGAUUGCAAUGUUUGUUGGUGCUCAGCAAAAAGAGAACUGUCGGUUUGUUCCCGGAAAUAUUGCUACGUGUCAGCUCUAGAUGAGAGUAAAAGACUAUCAGGGCGGCAUUGCCUUAAAAAUAUGAGUCGUGGCUGCGUGUUUUGCGACUGUGUCAAUAAUGUUACCAAAUGUGAUGUAAAACCGAAUUGUCCAUCCCCUGUUGAGGGUAAUCCUUCAAUAAAUGGUAGCGCUGGUGACGAUUUCACACUGGAUACUGAAAAGAACAAAUGCAUCCCGAACAGUACAUACAGUAUUCACUGCAAUCGUUGUCACUGCCUCGAAGAUGGGAGUCUCGUCUGUACGUCCAUUGCGUGCCUGACUAAAUCUCAAGUUAAGAGAUUAGAAAAUAAAAUUAUUAAAUAUGGUUUUAAGUAAAGACCGAUUU